AUGGGUGGGGGAAUCAGGUCUAGUUUACAACAGAAAGCUUAUGGCUUUUCAAAUGGCUCAAUAAACAACAGAUUAGGAAUGAUGCCUAAUAAUUCACCUAUGAUGAAUGCUUCAGGAACCUCAGAAAGCUAUGUGACACCUUUUCAUUAUGGGAACGUGAAUGUCCAUCAACAACAGAUGUCACAUGGUGAUGGUUAUGGGAGUAGCACCACUGAUUCUUCUCGAACCGGAAACUUUUAUGUUCCCACAACCUCAAAUACAUCAAUGAUGAAUAAUCAAAGUUCCUCUCAAAGUUCCUGCAUCAGUGCAUUUUUCGCAAGUCAAAAGGAUGCAAAGAGUGGCAUAUAA